AUGCGAUUGCCGUUCAUUUCCCUUGCUGCUUUGGCUGUGGCUAUACAGGCACAGGAAGUAUACUUGACAACAACAGGUUAUUCUGCUCGGCCACAAUGUACACAAUCGAACGUGGCACCGAAAUACCAAUUUCAGCCCUUCUCCUAUACUUUGAACGAAACAGUUCGAUACGCAACCUCUGUUCCUUCCCCGACGACCACACGGACAUAUGGCCCACGUUAUACAGACGCAGUCAAACAUUUUACCACUAGCUGGUCGACCUCAACGUGGGGCAGCUGGGUUCCGGGGCAAACUGUUAUCAGCGCCACUGACACAAAGGACCCAUAUGGACAAGCUGCGUGGUCUUCGAUGUGGCUACAGGCAGAUCUUCACAACUAUACCACCACUGGGUUAUUCUCGACAACUGUCAGUCCCACACCCGUGCCCAGCAGUGAGCUGGUCUUGCCACCGCGCGACUAUUUUGGUCCUACCGACUGCUAUAAUUUCCCCAAGGACUUUGUGUUUGGGGUUGCAGGGAGUGCGGCGCAGAUUGAAGGUGCAAUUGGGUUGGAUGGUCGAUCACCUUCGUUGUUGGAGAAAUUGGUACCCGACAGCAAGCCAAAGGACUAUGUCACCAACGAAAAUUAUUUCUUGUAUAAGCAAGACAUACAGCGACUAGCUGCAAUGGGUGUCGAGUAUUAUAGCUUUACAAUCCCCUGGACGCGGGUUUUGCCUUUUGCUCUUCCAGGAACACCUGUCAAUCAACAAGCCAUUGAUCAUUAUAAUGACUUGAUCGACACAGUUCUCGAUGCAGGAAUGACGCCAGCUGUCACAAUGCUUCAUUUCGACAGCCCAUUAAUGUUUGUCGCCAGCGACAAUAUCACGCGACACCCAGAUAUUGGCUACAACAAUGCCGGCUACCAAAACGAAACUUUUGUCGACGCAUUUGUCAACUAUGGAAAGGUUCUGCUUUCUCAUUAUGCAGACCGAGUCCCAAUCUGGGUGACCUUCAAUGAGCCCCUGCUCUACGCAUUCAAUUUCAAAGGAGCAGACCACGUUGUCAAGGCACAUUCCCAGAUCUACCACUUCUAUCAUGAUACCUUGAAGGCCACGGGGAAGAUUGGCAUAAAGUUCAACGACAACUUUGGAGUGCCUAAGGAUCCGAAAAACUCUAGCCAUGUCCUCGCGGCUGACCGCUUCCAAGAAAUGCAACUGGGUAUCUUCGCAAAUCCAAUAUUCUUGGGUAAGCAGUACCCAAAGUCUGUAUUAGAAACACUCCCCGGAGCCAAACCCUUGAGCAAAUCCGAACUGAAAUACAUCGGCCACACAUCCGACUUUUUUGGUAUUGAUCCGUAUACCGCUACGGUAGUAUCUCCGGCCGAGGAAGGCAUCAAGGCUUGCGCUGCCAACCCGUCAAUCUCGAAUGAUCUUUUCCCAUAUUGCGUCAAGCAAGAAACAAAGAAUGUUUACGGAUGGAACAUUGGGUAUCGCUCCGAGUCCUACGUGUAUAUCACACCGACGUAUCUCCGAGAGUAUCUCUAUUACCUGUGGAAUACUUUCCGACACCCAAUUCUGGUAUCAGAGUUUGGGUUUCCGGUACAUGCAGAAGCAGAACUGGAGCUCUCUGACCAGCUAUUUGACUCUCCUAGGAGCGUGUACUAUCUUUCCUACAUGUCUGAAAUUCUCAAGUCAAUAUAUGAAGACGGUGUGCAUGUCAUGGGAGCCCUUGCUUGGAGCUUCGUCGACAAUUGGGAAUUUGGGGACUACACGCAACAAUUUGGCAUUCAAAGUGUCAAUCGCACCACCCAGCAGCGGCACUACAAAAAGAGCUUCUUUGACCUGGUUGAUUUUGUGAAAACUCGACAGCCGAACAAAGACUAA